UUUUAUUUAGUUCAUUUUUCAAUGUUAAUAAUAAAGUAUGUCAUCCAAAAUAAUAGCCAGUAACAGUAUUUGCUUCAAAAAUUCUUUUGGAAAUGGAAAAGAGCUCAUAUUCCAAUUUGGAAUAGAAAGAGAUUUAGUGGUAUUUGAAGGCAAUACUAUAGCAGCUCUUAGAGAAUUGGCUGGAGCUUAUAUAGAAUAUAAGUAUCCACGUUCAACUAAGCCUGGACUCACAAACUCAAUUCUUAUAUUUAAACAUAAUUAUCUGUUGCCUAAUAAUCUUGAGUUGAUUGAUAAUGUUGAUUCAUUGAACAUAAAUGAUACUUUGGAAAUAGUACUUAAAGUUCCUCCAAAAUCAUAUGAUGACCCUGAUUUGCGUCCACAUAUGUUGUAUGUUCACUCAUAUAAGUCUCCAACAUUUUGUGACCACUGUGCAGUUAUGCUAUUUGGACUUGUUAGACAAGGACUAAAAUGUGAAGGUUGUAAUGGGAAUUUUCAUAAAAAAUGUGCUUUUAAGAUACCAAACAAUUGUUCCGGAGUGCGCGUUAGUGUUAAUGGUAGCUCUAUGCCAAGGCAAUUAUCUGAGCAAUGGAGCUCUUCAUCCUCUGAAUCUGCUAAUUCCGCAUUUCUUAGUUUGACAGUCAAAGAAAGACGUAACACAUGGAGUGUUCCAAGCAAAGCAGAGAGUGAGAGAUUAAUUACUAAAUUAGAAAUACCACAUACGUUUGUUAUACACUCUUAUAAAAAACCAACACUAUGUCAUGUUUGCAGAAAACUGUUGAAAGGAUUAUUUAGACAAGGUUACCAAUGUAAAGAUUGUAAGUUUAAUUGUCAUCGAGACAAAAGAUGUACUGACUUAGCUCCAAGAAAUUGUUUAGGUGAACGAGGUUUGUCUUCGGAUGAUAUUUCUGACUCAGAAAAUACAAGUCAAGAUGCAUCUGACUUUGAAAACACAAGUCAAGAUUCAUCUGACUUUGAAAUUGCAAGUCAAGAAAAUGAGGAAGAAGAUUUAAUAAAUUAUGCAAAGCAAGAAGUUUCUGAAACCAUAAGUAACCAAAUUCCACUUCAGCGUCUUGCAAUGUCAGUUCGUAACAGAAAAAUGAGAGGUUCGAAAAUAUUGAAAUCUGGCUGGAUGGUUCAUUUUACUGAAUCUGACAAAUCAAAAAAAGUGAAUUACUGGAGAUUAGAUACAAAAUCCAUUAGUUUUUAUGAGUCUGACUCUGCUCAAGAAUCUGUUAAGGAAAUACCUUUAUCAGAAAUAUUUUCUGUUGACUCAAACUUGGAGCCUAUGGUAAGUCGUCAUGGUCGUGACCCAUAUUUGUUUACACUCAAAACAAGUACAGAAAUAUAUUACUGUGGUGAAAGAGACAGUUAUGAUGCAAAUGGCUCUAUCAUUGCUUCGUUACCUAAAAGUGGUAAAGGUACUCGUAUUGCUAUAUCUUGGGCAGAAGAAAUUAGAAGUGCAUUCCAAUCUGUUUCAGUGAGUCGACCAAUUAAUUUACUUGAUGAAUCAGUUGAAGAGUCUAAAGAUGUAGAAGAAUCCAUUAUUAACAAAAAUGUAGAUAUUAGUCUAAUAUACCAAGUUUUUUCAGAUGAAAUUCUAGGAUCUGGUCAGUUUGGUAUAGUUUACGGAGGUGUUCAUAGAAAAACUGGUAAAGACGUUGCAGUUAAAGUCAUAGAUAAAUCAAGGUUUCCUACUAAAGAAGAAAGAGCUCUAAAGAAUGAAGUCACCAUUUUGCAGAACAUAAGUCAUCCAGCUGUGGUCAACCUAGAGAAAAUGUUUGAAACACCAGAAAGAAUAUUUGUUGUAAUGCAAAAAAUGAAAGGUGACAUGUUGGAAAUGAUCUUAAGCAGCAAGUUAGGAAGGCUAACAGAGAUGCAGACAAAGUUUAUAUGCCAUCAAAUUCUGACAGCUCUACAUUUUCUACAUCAAAUGGACAUAGUACACUGUGAUCUAAAGCCUGAAAAUGUUCUUUUAUCUGGUAUUGAAUCUAAAGAAGGCUUUCCUCAGAUUAAGCUAUGUGACUUUGGUUUUUCUCGAAUUAUUGGUCGGGAGUCAUUUCGUCGUUCUGUAGUUGGUACUCCAGCAUAUCUUGCACCAGAAGUUUUAAGUAAUAAAAAAUAUAAUAGAUCAUUAGAUAUGUGGUCUGUUGGUGUUAUUAUAUAUGUUAGUGUUAGUGGAACAUUUCCGUUUAACGAAGAAGAAGAUAUCUCAGACCAAAUAAAAAAUGCUGCUUUCAUGUAUCCACCAAAUCCUUGGGCUGAAAUUUCAAAAGACGCACAAGACUUGAUUAACCAGCUUUUACAAGUAAAGAUGAAAAGCAGACUGACGUGUCAGCAAGCCUUGCUUCAUGUGUGGAUGCAGGAUCUUGAAACGUAUUUGGAAUUACGCUGUCUUGAAAAGCUUGUUGGCAAGCGAUAUAUAACGCACGAGAGUGACGAUGUUGCAUGGGCUCGCUACGAUCCUACUAGAUCAAGUAUUAAAGAAUCUAUUCCUGAAGAAAUUAAUCCAAAGUUUAGUUAUUUAUAGGAUUUGAUAACGUAGUGAUAUUAAUAUACAAAAAACUAAUAGAAAUGUAUUUCCUGUACCUAACUUAUUUUUUAUUUAUUUAUUACAUUUUUGUUUAUAAUGGGUGUUGUUUAUAAUUUGAGAUUUUUUA